AUUUAUUUAUUUUAUGAGCAGUCUGAACAAGGGACGCGCGACAGAGGUGACUUCACCGCGAGACCUUGAAAAAGAGUUUAUCAGUAUGGCUAAACUUUUUGCUGGCAGAGAGACAGAACAAAACUGGGAAGCAAGGGAUGCCUCUGUUCGUCGUUUGCGCAGUUUACUUCACCAGUUAGACAAAGUAGACGCUUGGAAAGGAGCUAUGAUAGCUGGACUACAGGACAUUAUGAGUGAUAUCAUAAAGACUAUCCAUAGUUUGAGAUCGUCUGUUGCUACUGAAGGACUUUGUUUGAUACAAGACAUUGGAGUUACCCUAGGAGACAGCUUAAAUGCAUACACAUUAGAAAUCAUCUUGACCAACUUGCUUAAAUGCAGUAGUGUGACAAAAAAGAUGAUUGCCACCAAAGCAGCUCAAGUAACAAACUUAUUCUUGAGCAACACACAAUUCCAUACAAAGAUUGUCAUGUUAUUGUGCAAGACAAUCAAUGAGAAAAAUGUGCAAUUAAGGCAAUACGCUGCUACGUACAUAAAGACAAUACUAGAGACACAUGGAUCAAAAGACGCUAUUCGAUCUGUCAUUGCUGAAAAACUAGAAGUAAACCAGUCUAUCGAAAGUUUUUUAAGGAAAGGAUUAGCAGAUGGUUCUCCUCAUGUGAGGGAAGCUUCUCGGCAGACAUACAGCGUUUAUUAUGAUUAUUGGCCUGAUGCAGCAGAAAAGCUCUUGAGAUCCUUAGAUAGUUCUGUACAGCGCCUAUUAGAAAAGAAUUCACCUAAAAGCUCACCCAAGCCCACCAGUAGACCACGCAUGCUUAGUAGUAGAUCGAAUUCUAUGUCAUCUGUUUCUUCAAAGACAUCUACAUCAACAGCAGCCACCAGUCCCUCUUUAUUUAAACGACCCAAUUUGACAAGAUCAUCAUCAUCUCAUACCAUUCCUAAGCCUAAUACUAUACCAGCCACUUCCUUAGAAGUAAAAAGAAAUCAACAAAUAAGUCGUCUAUCGCACAUUUCUAAUGUUUCUGCACCUUCUACUACAAUUCAACAUAAGCUAAGCAAAAUAGCAUCCACAACAACUGCCUCAAGACGAACACAGUCUGAGUUCCAUCAACAAUCUAUAUUGGCUUCAGCGUCUUUGUUACACAUGUUGAAAAGCAAUGAUCUACAAAUGCAAUGUAAAGGCAUUCGUACGCUCUCGGAAAGACUAAGAAACACAUCCUAUCACCCUUCCCCUACAUCUAUUAUCUUGCCACCCAACGUGCCUUCCAAAAUUGAAGUUUUACCCAUCUUGAUGGAUUGGAUUUCUCGUCAUGAUCUAGACUUGAGACUCUAUCAAUUACUGAUGAGUUGGGAGUCACUUGCUGGUAUUUUUGUCUAUAUCAUGUCUUUUAAUUAUUAUUGCCCUACUCUCAUCAUUGCAGAUCAGGAAUGCAGACACAAGGCACAAAAAGAAGCAGAUAUUAUGAAGGUUUACAGCAAAGGUCUGACGAGAAUCAAAAUGUUUUUGAAGCGAAAUGAUCCUGAACUACCACAACGACUGUUGGAUAUUGCCAAAAGCGUGACGGAAGCUAAUUCAGUGAAUGAUAUCCAAUUGCUCGAUGCCAGUGUGAAGCGCGACUUAGUUUUGUAUCCUCAGUAUAAAGAAAGUUUACUGUAUGGCUUGUUUAGCUGGAUGGAUCAACUUGUGUGUGAUUAUGUUGGAUUGCCAGAAGACGAAGACUCCGAAGUACUGAUGGAAGGCUCACAAUGGCUAAAUGUGUCUGAAAAAGAAUCAUCUGCUGGUCAAUGGUUUGAAGACAAGACAAAUAUCCACUCUUUUGUUCAGUUUGUCAUCAAAUCACUCUUACAAACACCAAGUUAUGAUAUACUUUCUUGUAUGGCAAGCCAUUUGAAAAUGGCCAAUGAACGUGUGUUUGAAAGUGAAAUGAAACUGUUGUCGCAACAACACAGGAUGGUGAUUGAAAAGGCUUUAGGCAUUCAACCUAUGUCUCGGCUAGAUGCAUGGAUACAACAAGAGGACUUUUCACUAUUAGAAGAGCAAGGUAGUACGGGUAUGACACAAGAUAUAUCAAAGAUCAAGCUUGAAUUUGAACCUAGUUUUGAAGAGCCAAUUGUGGAAGAAGAAAUGCUGUUUGAUUUGGAACCAAUAAUGGAUGAAAGAUCAUUAGAUUCACCACCACCAAGAGAUGAAUUACCUCCCUCACCCAUAUUACAACCUUUAUCACAGGAAAAAAAGAGACUAGCUCGCUCUGUUUCUGAAUUAAGCCCUGAACGAUCUCAACCAAAAAAGAGAAGGCUAAGUGAAGAUAUGGAACCCUUUUUAGGGAUAAUAUCACUCAUCAAACAGAAUAAGGCUGAUACAAGCACAUUUCAACACAUUCAGCAACUUGCCACUACAUCUAUUAUUUGGCCUACAUCAUAUCAACAGAAAUCUGUAUUGCAUUUGUUAAUAGAAUCCCUGAUAGACUACUUGCAGCAUGAUCAAGAACAAUCAGAAGCUCUGCAAAUACAAGCUAUUCUGACUAUCAAAAGCUUAUUGACGCAUCAAUCAACAUGGUUCAAGAAUGAACAGUCACUUGUUUAUCAGCUUACAAGAACAUUUGUAGGGAAACAGACAGACAACAAUAGUAACAUUUAUUCUGUAUUAGAUGGUGCAGUAGACAGAUUGCUUGAAUUAAUGCCACCAGAUUAUGCGCUAAGCAUCUUAUGGGAUAUAUCUAAAGACAAAGACUAUCCAUUAGGUGCUUUAUUCUCCCAUAUCAGUAAAGUGGCUCCAAAGUCAUCAACAAAAGCCCUUGAACAGUCACUGCAGAACGGUGCUGUUGAUGUUUUGAUUCGAGUAAGCUUUAUGGACCUUAAAAUAAUCAAGUCUAAUACCUCCUUUCUGUUAGGGCUAUAAUCAUGCCAGUAUAUCUGUACGUAAAUCAUGUGUGUUAGCCUCUGUGGGUAUUCACCAUGUUCUUGGUGACUCUUAUAUAAAAAACCAUCUCUCUGUACUAAGAGCAGAGCAAUUAACGCUCUUACAGCACUAUAUUACAAAACAAAAAAAUACCUUUCUGUAAAUAAAUUCAGGCACACACUGUUGUAGAAAUCAACCACGUCAUGCUGUGUUUAAACACUUGCGGCAAUCUAACUGGUCGCAAUAUGCUUUAGA